UGUGUCGGGACCCUCACAUACCAAGAGAAGCUGGCCCUGUCUCUCCUCUGGUUUCUGGGCUCACUAUCUCUCCCAGGCCCUGGGGACACUCUGCUCCUCCCUGUCUCGGUCCCCCCGCCUUCAUCCACACCCUGGCUCAUGGCAGCCUGGACUUCGUGCUGCAGCUCCAAUGCCUCUCGAAGCUCUGGGAUUUUCUUACAGUCUGAAGGGAUGAGGGGAUGUAGGGAGAUUUGUUAACAGGGGAUGUCCUGCAGAUCUUUUAACAAUACCUUUCUUUUUUCAAUUUGAGUGGUCAUCAAGAGAUGCGGGUAUGGUCUUUCACUCUUAUCAUGCUACCAAGGGCACUGGCCUAAUAUGCCAGGACAAGCUGACCACCCUUCCAUUAGGGUUCACAGAAGAGCAACUUCCCUGCAGGAAUUACCACAGUGACGCAGACAAAAGGGUGGAGAGCUAAAGUCUGUGACAGACUGUGUCAGUGUCCUGCCAGCUCCCCCAGCCCACCUUGACGUCACAUGCAGCAUUCAUAGGAAGUCUCCAUCUAUACCAGUAGCAUCCUGCCCUAAGCACUUGCAUCUUUCUACCUGCAGGGACUCUCUGGCCACAGGAGUGCUCUCACCCCACAGGCAGGGCAGGUUGGUGACACAGAAGCUAACCACCCCUGGAGCAAUCCUCAACUAAGGAGAGACAAGAGUUGGUAGAUAAAUACCACAGCUUCCUAGCCACUCUGUGAGACAACUCUACAGCAUUCUGCACAGUCUCCCAGAGGUCCCCAGUGGGAGGGGGGCCCAGUUGCCCACAACAGUCACCUGUGCAAAAACACGCCCUGAAUUGACUGCCUUCCAUUCCGCACUCCCCUGUUCGUGCGUCCUGGGAUCAGGUCCCAGAUGAACUGUGCACACCUGCAUUGUGUCUCGGGACCUGCUCUGAGGGAAGUCCAACUUAGACAAGGGCAUCCAUCUUGGGCAAGGGCUCUUGUAAUCAAGCUCUUUGGGUUGGAGGAAAUGGGAGCACUCUGCCCCCACUUCAACCAGAGCCUCACACUUAACUAUGCUUCAGACUGGGGCUCUGGGAAUGAUCUCACCUGCAAGAGGAAUCCUGAUCCUUAAAAAAAAGAAAGAGGCAAUUUCUGAACAAAAUUAGUACCAGGUGUGUUUGUUUGUCUGUUUCAAGACUUUUCCUUGAAUCACUCUUCAGCUUUCCCUGACCUGUCCACUGGUCACAGCACGAGCUGGCCCACCUCUGAGAUCAUACUUUCUGGUCACGAGGGCAGACAAAGACUCAUACAAACCCGCAUCACUGCCGCCUCCACAUAGGAUGCUUGGGGAGACUCCAGGAACCCAGGCUCCCCCAUCCAAAGCUUGUGGCUCCAGUCACGUGGUGCAAACUAUUUGGGGGCCAUAGUUAGGGAGGUGGAAUCUAAAACCAGUGCUCUCUCUCUCCCCACUUGCCCUUUCCACUACAAGGCAUGCACCUGGAGCAGGUGGGCCUUAUCCUCUGCAUUCUGGUUUGGAAAGUGUCUUUUAUCACCCAUAUGGAUAUGUGUCUAUUGAAGGGCUCCAUAGUGAAUACCUAUGUUGGAUGGUGGGAUGGGCAGCCUGUCCUUUCCUUAUCUCGGGGUUCAUUCAGAUGGAAAGAGACUCGUGCCCAGCUGCUCUGUUGACUCUGCAUUCUCUGCCCAUUGUACACUGAAUCGAUUGGACAGGUGUUGGGGGGAGGUGUUGUUUUUCUUCUUUUUCCCCAAUCUCCUUAUUAGUUCAGCCUCAGAAAGUCCCUUAUCACCUCCGGAUGUCAGACCACACUCUGCCAUCAGGGCUGGCCAUAUCAGACUCUCCAUUAAUUGAUUUUGCCCUCCCCCUUGGGAAGCAUAAAUUGGCUCUGCUCAUUAGCAACAAUAAUUCCCUGAAAGAGAUUGUAAAUUAUGCCUUGUGUCCACUCAGAGCUCACAGCAGAGUGGUGCCCACAUUGGGAGAUGUUGGACUGGGAGGUCUCCGCAGCCCUGCAGUUUUUCUCCUCAACUUGACCAAGUGCUGACCUCACAAGACCACAGUGGACUAGGAAGAGUAGCUUAAACAGGACCUGGCACAGGGAGGGCGCUCAGUCAGUGUGUGAAGAACGAGUCAAGGCAGGACGUGAGGGAGGCAGGAUGGGGACUUCCUCUCUGGUGCAGAGAGCUUUGUGGGCCUCUUGAGCUGAGCUCUCCCCCAGAGUCUACCAUUACGUUGCCCUUUCUGUGGCUUUUGUAGCCCUGGGGUUUUCAGAAGUCCCCCACUAAACUGAACAUGCUUCUGAGAAAGACUCUAUCCUACAUCUCAGCCAGGUGAUGUCUUCUUGGGCUCUGGAUUGUUUGUGAAAAACUGAUGUAAGAGGGAGAUGUGAGGGUGUGACCAGAAGAGAGUAGAGAGGCAGCAGUAAAGAGAAAGAGCCAGGAAAGGCAGGAGGAAGCUGCACUGGCUAACUUUGCCAGAACAUGGUAGAUUCUCAACAGAUAGUCCCAGCACACAGUAGGUUCCCAACAGAUAAUUCGUAAAUGAAUGGAGUGUCAGCCCACAGUGAGCCUGUACCACUUCCUGCCCAGGACCUGAGGGAGGAAGGGCACCCUGAUGGCUGAUUUAGCCCUUCUUCCGUGCAGAUAGUCCGUUCUCUUGUCCUUCAUUUCCAUCCCUCUUAAAACAAUCAUCAUUACUUGUGGGCUGUGUCCAGACUGACUGAAGACACUCAGUGCUACAGAGCUGCUCAGUCCUGCCUGAGACCCUGUAGACAUCCAUGGAUGAGCUUUCUAAAUGAUACACGACAGAGCUCUCCAUGUAUUGAGCUACUCCAGGGCAAUCAAAUAGAGUUUGACUCUCAUACUGCCUUUCAGAUAUAAUUCUAACUCUUGCCUAAGGCAGGAGCUGGUGCAUCUGUGGUAGAGAGGAGUGCCAGCACUCUGUUGCCCUGUCUGAUUCCAGAUGCUUUCUUCUCCCUCCAAGAUAAGCCCACAUCCCAACAAGGUGCUGUCUGAGAAAGCUCUAGGACCAGUUGAGGUGGGGUUUGCACAGAACCACUUCAGAGACCCCCAGAGGGCCUCAGAGGAAUCCAGAAGCAGCAGAAUUCCAGAGAAGAUGGGCUCCAUCGCAGCACCCCCAGACAGGGCUGUGCCUAAGUGCCUAAGCCACAGGGCAGACGGAAGGCUGCAGGCUUGUUACUGCCUCGGGACAUUCUUAAUGAACAGCCCAUACAGUGCCGGCUCCACCUCCCCUCACUUCGAUUUGUUAGGUUUUUAGCAGAACCCUGUGUUACUACCAGUCUCUUGAUCAUCCACAUACCUGAAAAUAAUAAAUUUCUCCCCCUCGUUUUAUCUUCUGCAAGGCCUCUCUCUCUCUCUCUCUCUCUCUCUCUCUCUCUCUCUCUCUCUCUCUCUCUCUCUCUCUCUCUCUCUCUCUCUCUCCCCGCCUCUCUCUCUCUCUCCCUCUCUUUUGUUCUCUCCUCCUUAUUACAAAAACAACUGUGGCUUGUCCUGGACAGUCAGGCCACUGUAUCUGCCACAGCAGAUACGAUCGUGGCUACACGUGUGAUGCCCCUGUCCCCUAGGCUGGGGCAGGUCAGCUGAGGGAGGCACUUGACCCAAGGACAGGCCAUCCUCAGCCCACCAGGCACCUGUAGAGUAGCCACCAUGAAAAGGCACUCCUGGGCACUUAGCCCCUCCAUAAAGGAUUUAAGUCAAGAAAUACCAAGAGAAAGAAGCAGAGGACAACGGAGCACAUCUGACCGGAUUCCAGGAGGGGAGCCCCAAGGCAGAGAAACGGCAGACAGGAAGCACCUGGGGUGAGUGGCGAGCGGUCGAGGCAGGCUGCUGGUAAAAAGCUAGAAGGCUCCGGAACCCUGGCUGCUCCCCGGUUCCCACAGCACAGUCUAAUUACCAGAAAUACCCGGAGUGUGUUCUGAUGCCUUCCAACUCCAAUAAGCCUUGAAUAGUUUUUGAAAAAGAACUCAGGCGGGACUCAGUGGCUUAUGCCUGUAAUCCUAGCAUUUUGGGAAGCCAAGAUCGCCUGAACUCAGGAGUUCAAGACCACCCUGGGAAACAUGGUGAAACCCUGUCUCUACUUAAAUACAAAAAAUUAUCCGGGUGUGGUGGUGCACGCCUGUAAUCCCAGCUACUAGGGAGGAUGAGGCAGGAGAAUUGCUUGAGCCCUGGGAGGCAGAGGUUGCAGUGAGCUGAGAUUGCACCACUGCCCUCCAGCCUGGGUGGCAGAGUAAGACUCCGUCUCAAAAAACUAAAAUUUAAAAAAAAAUUCAUAAUAACAAUUGGGAAGUAACAGAAUACCUAAUAGUGGCUGAAACAAAUAAGGUUUAUGUUUCUAACAUAAAAAGAUCUCUAGACAGAGGUGUGCCAGGGAACUGACCUCUCCCUCAGGGACACAAGAAGGCUCAGCAGGUCCAGAUAGAAAGAGGGAGAAAUGUGGGGCCAGCUGCAGAUGAAUCCGUUGUCAAGAGACAACAAUUUUACCCAAACCUCCACAGCCCACUCUGCCCACUCUGCCCAAUCAUGGCUGGACCUAGGUCAUGCAGCCACCUCCAACUGCAAGGGAGCCUGGGAAAUGGGGUGCAGGGGACGCACUGACCUCAGGUCUUCUCCCCAGGCUUUGAUGUGUCUUUCUUCCAGUGGCCUAGAUUGCACCUGGGACUCUCCUUCAGUGGACUCUCCACAGCCUCCUGGAGCCAUCUUGCCUGAGAAAUGCACGAGUGACUGACUAAUGUGGGGCUAGGAAAGCCCAGCUCCCCUGCUGGGACUCGCUGUGGUUUACUUCACCUGCUGGAGCUCCCAGGAACCAGGCUGAGGCUGGGACUGUGGUGCCUUGUUGGGCUUUCUCCUCGCCCUGACCCUCUUGCACCACUGUGGGUCUGCACUGACUUCACUGCUCUAGGGGCAGAAACAGAGGGGAGGAAGAUUAGCACAAUGAGCUACCCCAAUUAUGUUCCAUUGCCUGGGGUUGACACUUACAAAGCUGGGGUUCUGCUAGCUGGGAAGGAGGGAAAGGAUACUCAGCAAGCAACUCACAGUGUCUGCAGCCACAGCUCAUUAAAGGAAACAGCAGAAAACACAGCAGAGAAAUCGGAAUCCUCGCCUUGUGCUAGUGGGAAUAUAAAAUGAUUCAGCCACUUUGGAAAAUAGGCUGGCAGUUCCUCAAAAAGUUCAAUACAGAGUGGCCAGAUAGUACAGAAAUUCCACUCCUAGGUAUGUACCUGUGAGUAAUGCAAACACGUCCACAAAAAAAAAACUCAUACACGGAGGUUCAUAGCUGCUUUAUUCCUAAUAGAAGGAAACAGAGACAACCCAAAUGUCCAUCAACUGGAAAUCAAAUGGAUAAACAAAUGUGUUAUAGACACACGACAAAAUAUUAUGCAGCCAGAAAGAAGGAUGAAGUAUCAUUAUAUGUUGCAACAAGGCUGAACCUUGAAGACUUUAAAUAUACUAAAAACCACUGAAGUGCAUAGUUUAAAUGUGUGGAUGAUAUGGCAUGUGAAAUAUAUCUCAAUAAAGCUGCUAUACGUGUAUGUGAACAAGCAUGUGCACACACACAUGCAAAGAGAAAGGAAAGCACCCUCAAUUUCACCCACUCACAGCUGCUGUUACCAUCCUAGGAUCAGGAUAUACUUUAAGUUUCUUUUCAAUUCACAUGGAUAUUUCACCGACAAAUCCUCUGAAAAUAACCCACUAGAGAGCUUCGUUCAAGACAAAUUAGCAAAAGCUAUAAAGCCGUUGUGUCCAAUUUGUCAGCAGAAUCAACCCUGACACUCUUACCAUCAGGCUGAGCGAGACAAUCAGCUAUUUACUUUGCCCUGAUUUGUCACUCAGUUACUCAUCCUGAGGUUCCCCCAAUAGGCAGGUCAAUUCUCCUGCCCCAUUUCGUAGCCAAGGCAACUGAGUAGAAAGUUUAUUCACACCCAUUCUGAUCUCUUCCCAGCUCCUAAGCUGGGGGCUUGCAGCCUUCAAGGGUGAAGAUGCUGGGGGCUGCCAAGAGAGCCCACUGGGGCCUGUACAGAGUAAGCACACCUAUCCGAUUUAGCCCGGAAACAUCCAUCCAACUUGAAGCCAGACGGAGAGACCUGAAGCACUCAGGAAGACCUGUCAGCCCCACGGCCCUGGCAGGGUCCUGGCCACACCAUGCCUGGUGCUUGGCUCUGCAGCUGCUGGGGUGGCCGGGUGCUGCCACUGCUGUUGGCCUACGUCUGCUAUCUGCUGCUUGGUGCCACCAUCUUCCAGCUGCUGGAGAAGCAGGCGGAGGCUCAGUCCAGGAAUGAGUUUCAGCUGGAGAAGCUGCGCUUCCUGGAGAACUACACCUGCCUGGACCAGUGGGCCCUGGAGCAGUUUGUGCAGGUCAUCAUGGAAGCCUGGGUGAAAGGUGUGAACCCUAAAGGCAACUCCACCAACCCCAGCAACUGGGACUUUGGCAGCAGUUUCUUCUUCGCAGGCACAGUCGUCACCACCAUAGGAUAUGGGAACCUGGCACCCAGCACAGAAGCAGGUCAGGUCUUCUGUGUCUUCUAUGCCCUGCUGGGCAUCCCACUCAACGUGAUCUUCCUCAACAACCUGGGCACAGGGCUGCGUGCCCACCUGGCCACCAUUGAGAGAUGGGAGGACCAGCCCAGGCGCUCCCAGCUCCUGCGAGUCCUGGGCCUGGCUCUGUUCCUGACCCUGGGGACGCUGGUCAUUCUUAUCUUCCCGCCCAUGGUAUUCAGCCAUGUGGAGGGCUGGAGCUUCGGCGAGGGCUUCUACUUUGCUUUCAUCACUCUCAGCACCAUCGGCUUCGGGGACUACGUUGUUGGCACAGACCCCAGCAAGCAUUAUAUCUCAGUGUACCGGAGCCUGGCAGCCAUCUGGAUCCUCCUGGGCCUGGCAUGGCUGGCGCUGAUCCUCCCACUGGGCCCCCUGCUUCUGCACAGGUGCUGCCAGCUCUGGCUGCUCAGUAGGGGACUCGGCGUCAAGGACGGGGCAGCCCCUGACUCCAGUGGACUCCCCAGACCUCAGAAGAUCCCUAUUUCUUCAUGAGGCCCCUGGUGGCCCCAGAAACCCCUUAAUCCUCCCCAGUCCCACCUUAUCUGCUCUCUGGAUUUCCAGCUCUGUCUCCUCCUCUUCUAACCCCCUCACUUCUCAGCCAGAACUGGUUACAGGAGUUCUCCCAAGAGAUAAUGGAGAAGGUAUGUCCAAGAAAAUAACAGAGAGGAGAUGUGAGAUAGGAUUAAAAACAUGUAUGGAUAGAGAGGUGCACCCUUGUCCCAGAGCCCCUGCCACAGCCUUCUACCCAAAGGUAGCUUGGAGGAGUGGCCAGAUCUUCACUGCCCUCCCCUUCCGUGAGACCUUACACAAACAAAGGAUGACUUCACUUUUGCCUCAUUUGAUGCCUAUACAGUGCAUUUGCCAAGUCCCUACUAUGUGCCAGGUGCUGUGCCAGGGUCUGGGGAUACAGCAGUGGAAGUGCCUGCCCUUGAUGUGCCUUUAGGUGCUAGACAAGCAAAGAGGCAGCGCCAACACAGUACCCAAAAUGCUAUGAUGGGAGCAGCCCCACGGUUGAUGAGAGCCCAUGGGAUUGGCUGGCACUCAAAGCUCUCCAGCUCCCCUUGCCUAGAGGUCCAGGGCUGUCCUUGAACAAGGCUUAGGACCUCUUGGGUGUCCCACCCACUUUCCCAGAUAUGGCCUCCCCUGAGCCUCACAGGCCACCCCCGACCCUCACAGGCCACCCACUUAACUUCAUCCCUCCCUUUGGGCUCCUGCCUUCUCAAGGGCCUUUGCAAAUACCCCCUGGGAAGCCAGAGAGCCAGCAAAGACCAGAAUCCUUCCAGAAAGUGAGCUCAAUGAACAUCUGGCCUCUCUCAGGAAUGCAUCCUCCAGGUCUGGCCUUUCCCCUGCCAGAUUGCAACGUCCCUGACCAAAAGGAGAGAUUUAGACCAAUCCAUCCCGAGGCCUGGAAACUUUGGCCUCUGCCUUUCCCACUACCCAACAGUAAGUGGGCUCCUACAUGGCUGGGUUCCUCUGCACAGGACUGAGGCAAGGCUGUGGAGCCAAGGAGGCUCCAGGCAGGAGACCCAGGGGAGGAUCUAUAGCAGCAAGAGGAGUCCAAGUCACACCCCAGAACUUCGCCACAUCCAAGAGAGAACUGGGAAGCUGAGGACCCAUGGACUCUUCACACAGCCUGGACCUUCCUCCACACCGGGUAGAGGGGUUUGGGGGCCUUCUCAGAAGCAAGGAGUGGACAAGCCUCUUGGUCAAGGCUCCUCUUGCCUCCCAAGCUCAUGGACAAGUGGCAGUCAGCUGGGGCCCCUCUUUUUGGGUACAAAGGAAAGGACAGAGGUGUGGGACACCCAAGGAGGUCUUGAGAUUGACAGACAGCAAGUCCUUGGAGAUAGCCCCCAGACCCAGAACUUAGGCAGGGGCCCCAAGACAAUAAAGUUGGUCUCUACUAUCUC